GUGGGGCCGCCGUUGUUCGUCGUGCGUGAUACAUUUCUGAAAGACAAGUUAACACAACAGAGUCAGAAAGAGGGAUAAGAAUACUGUGUAACAGAGAAGUUAUGGUAGCUGGACGUCUGUGAAAAAGACUGUCUUCAGCGUUGGGAAAUCGCCUGGAUAGAGAAGACAGCGAGUUGUGAGGCACCAUGGCAGCUACCUUCCCCUUCAGAGGAGUACCUGCAGGGAUUCCUCCAGGUGUGCCGCCUCCUGCGCCGGUUCCAGAUUUCAUGACUGAGGAAAAACUGCAAGAGAAAGCAAGGAAAUGGCAGCAGUUGCAGGCAAAGCGGUAUUCAGAGAAGAGAAAGUUUGGCUUUGUGGAUGCUCAGAAGGAAGAUAUGCCACCUGAGCAUGUACGCAAGAUCAUCAGGGACCAUGGAGACAUGACCAACAGGAAAUUUCGCCAUGACAAGAGGGUUUACCUGGGUGCCCUCAAAUACAUGCCCCAUGCUGUUUUGAAGUUGCUGGAGAACAUGCCAAUGCCCUGGGAACAGAUCAGAGAUGUGCCUGUCCUCUACCACAUCACAGGAGCCAUUUCCUUCGUCAAUGAAAUUCCUUGGGUUAUAGAGCCAGUUUACAUAGCACAGUGGGGCACCAUGUGGAUCAUGAUGCGUCGUGAGAAGCGUGACCGACGUCACUUCAAAAGGAUGCGCUUCCCACCAUUUGAUGAUGAAGAGCCGCCUCUGGACUAUGCUGACAACAUUCUUGAUGUUGAACCACUUGAAGCAAUCCAGAUGGAGCUGGACCCUGAGGAGGACAGUUCUGUUGUUGAGUGGUUCUAUGAGCACCAGCCCCUCAAAGACACUGCCAAGUUUGUGAAUGGUACAACCUACCGUCGGUGGCAGUUCACUCUUCCCAUGAUGUCCACUCUGUACCGCCUGGCUAACCAGCUGCUGACAGACCUGGUGGAUUACAAUUACUUUUAUCUCUUUGAUCUCAAGGCCUUCUUCACUUCCAAGGCCUUGAAUAUGGCCAUACCUGGAGGACCAAAGUUUGAGCCCCUGGUUCGGGACAUUAACCUCCAGGAUGAAGACUGGAAUGAGUUCAAUGACAUAAACAAGAUCAUCAUCCGGCAGCCCAUCAGGACAGAGUACAAGAUUGCCUUCCCCUACCUGUACAACAACUUGCCACACCACGUUCAUCUCACCUGGUAUCACACACCCAAUGUUGUGUUUAUUAAGACAGAGGAUCCUGAUCUUCCAGCGUUCUACUUUGAUCCAUUGAUCAACCCCAUCUCACACAGACAUUCUGUUAAGAGUCAAGAGCCUCUACCAGAUGAUGACGAGGAGUUUGAACUUCCUGAGUAUGUGGAGCCCUUCCUCAAGGAGGCACCUCUCUACACAGACAACACAGCCAAUGGCAUCGCCCUACUCUGGGCACCGAGACCAUUUAACCUCCGAUCUGGUCGUACAAGGCGUGCCAUUGAUAUCCCCCUGAUCAAGAACUGGUAUCGUGAACACUGCCCUGCUGGACAGCCGGUGAAAGUGCGUGUGUCAUAUCAGAAACUUCUCAAGUACUAUGUGCUCAAUGCUCUCAAACACAGACCACCCAAGGCCCAGAAAAAGAGGUACUUGUUCCGAUCAUUCAAGGCCACCAAGUUCUUUCAGUCCACCAAGCUGGACUGGGUGGAAGUGGGCCUGCAGGUGUGUCGACAGGGCUACAACAUGCUCAAUCUGCUCAUCCACCGUAAGAACCUCAACUACCUGCAUCUGGACUACAACUUCAACCUGAAGCCUGUCAAGACCCUAACCACAAAGGAGCGUAAAAAGUCCAGAUUCGGCAACGCUUUCCACCUGUGCAGAGAGGUGUUGCGUCUCAGCAAGCUGGUGGUGGACAGCCAUGUGCAAUACCGACUGGGAAAUGUGGACGCCUUCCAGUUGGCUGAUGGACUGCAGUACAUCUUUGCUCAUGUGGGCCAGCUGACUGGCAUGUACCGUUACAAGUACAAGUUGAUGAGACAAAUCCGAAUGUGCAAGGACCUGAAGCAUCUCAUCUACUACCGCUUCAACACUGGUCCUGUAGGCAAAGGUCCAGGUUGUGGGUUCUGGGCUCCUGGCUGGAGAGUGUGGCUCUUCUUCAUGAGGGGCAUCACUCCCCUGCUGGAGAGGUGGCUGGGAAAUCUGCUGGCCAGGCAGUUUGAAGGACGUCACUCCAAGGGUGUUGCAAAGACAGUGACCAAACAGCGUGUUGAAUCUCACUUUGACCUGGAGCUGCGUGCUGCUGUGAUGCAUGACAUCUUGGACAUGAUGCCUGAGGGAAUCAAACAGAACAAAGCCAGGACGAUUUUGCAGCAUCUCAGUGAGUCCUGGAGGUGCUGGAAGGCCAAUAUCCCCUGGAAGGUGCCAGGCCUGCCCACCCCUAUUGAGAACAUGAUCCUGCGCUAUGUGAAGGCCAAAGCUGACUGGUGGACCAACACAGCCCACUACAACCGUGAGCGAAUUCGUCGUGGAGCCACUGUGGACAAAACAGUGUGCAAGAAGAACCUGGGGCGAUUGACCCGUCUGUACCUUAAAGCUGAGCAGGAGAGACAGCACAACUACCUGAAGGAUGGUCCCUACAUCACAGCUGAAGAGGCAGUGGCCAUUUACACCACCACUGUACACUGGCUGGAGAGUCGCCGCUUCUCUCCAAUCCCCUUCCCUCCACUGUCCUACAAACACGACACAAAGCUGCUCAUCCUGGCUCUAGAGAGGCUCAAAGAAGCCUACAGUGUGAAGUCUCGUCUAAACCAGAGCCAGAGGGAAGAGCUGGGUUUGAUAGAGCAAGCUUAUGACAACCCACACGAGGCCCUGUCCAGGAUCAAACGUCACCUGCUCACCCAGAGAGCCUUCAAAGAGGUGGGCAUUGAAUUCAUGGACUUGUACAGCCACUUGGUGCCAGUCUAUGAUGUCGAACCCCUGGAGAAGAUCACUGAUGCUUACCUGGACCAGUACCUGUGGUAUGAAGCAGACAAGAGACGACUGUUCCCACCUUGGAUCAAACCAGCGGACACUGAACCACCACCACUGCUGGUAUACAAAUGGUGCCAAGGGAUCAACAACUUGCAGGAUGUGUGGGAGACAGCAGAAGGCGAGUGCAAUGUGAUGCUGGAGUCCCGAUAUGAGAAGAUGUAUGAGAAGAUUGAUCUGACGUUGCUUAACAGACUGCUGCGUCUCAUUGUGGACCACAACAUUGCUGAUUACAUGACAGCCAAGAACAAUGUGGUCAUCAACUACAAGGAUAUGAACCACACCAACUCUUAUGGCAUCAUCAGAGGACUCCAGUUUGCCUCAUUCAUUGUCCAGUAUUAUGGUCUGGUGAUGGACCUGCUGGUUCUGGGUCUGCACCGAGCCAGCGAGAUGGCUGGCCCACCCCAGAUGCCCAAUGAUUUCUUGAGUUUCCAAGACACAGCAACAGAAAGUGCUCACCCAAUCCGACUGUACUGCCGCUACAUCGACCGCAUCCACAUCUUCUUCAGGUUCACUGCUGAUGAAGCCAGGGACCUGAUUCAGAGGUACCUGACAGAACACCCUGACCCCAACAAUGAGAACAUUGUUGGUUACAACAACAAGAAGUGUUGGCCCCGUGAUGCCCGCAUGAGAUUGAUGAAGCACGAUGUCAACCUUGGACGUGCAGUUUUCUGGGACAUUAAGAACCGUCUUCCCCGGUCAGUGACCACUGUCCAGUGGGAGAACAGCUUUGUGUCUGUCUAUAGUAAAGACAACCCCAACCUGCUCUUCAACAUGUGCGGCUUUGAGUGCCGCAUCCUGCCCAAGUGUCGCACCAGCUACGAGGAGUUCACCCACAAGGACGGUGUGUGGAACCUGCAGAAUGAGGUAACCAAAGAGAGGACAGCACAGUGUUUCCUGCGUGUGGAUGAUGAGUCGAUGCAGCGCUUCCACAACAGAGUCCGACAGAUCCUGAUGGCAUCUGGGUCGACCACAUUCACCAAGAUUGUAAACAAAUGGAACACAGCUCUGAUUGGCUUGAUGACAUAUUUCCGUGAAGCAGUGGUAAAUACCCAGGAGCUCCUGGACUUGCUGGUCAAGUGUGAAAACAAAAUCCAGACACGUAUCAAGAUUGGCCUGAACUCCAAAAUGCCAAGCCGAUUCCCCCCGGUAGUGUUCUACACUCCUAAAGAGCUGGGCGGCCUUGGCAUGUUGUCCAUGGGCCAUGUGCUCAUCCCACAGUCAGAUCUGCGGUGGUCCAAACAGACAGAUGUGGGCAUCACCCACUUCAGGUCAGGAAUGAGCCAUGAAGAAGACCAGCUGAUUCCUAACUUGUACCGUUACAUUCAGCCGUGGGAGAGCGAGUUCAUUGACUCUCAGAGGGUCUGGGCUGAGUACGCCCUCAAGAGGCAGGAAGCCAUUGCACAGAACAGGCGACUGACUCUCGAGGAUUUGGAGGACUCUUGGGACAGAGGUAUCCCUCGUAUCAACACUCUGUUCCAGAAGGACAGACACACACUGGCCUAUGACAAAGGCUGGAGAGUCAGGACAGAUUUCAAACAGUACCAGGUGCUGAAGCAGAAUCCAUUCUGGUGGACCCAUCAGAGGCAUGAUGGUAAACUAUGGAACCUGAACAACUACCGCACAGACAUGAUCCAGGCUCUGGGGGGUGUGGAGGGCAUCCUGGAGCACACGCUCUUCAAAGGCACUUACUUUCCCACCUGGGAGGGUCUUUUCUGGGAGAAGGCCAGUGGCUUUGAGGAGUCCAUGAAAUGGAAGAAGCUGACCAAUGCCCAGAGGUCUGGUCUCAACCAAAUCCCCAACCGUCGCUUCACCCUCUGGUGGUCACCCACCAUCAACAGAGCCAACGUCUAUGUCGGUUUCCAGGUGCAACUUGAUCUGACUGGAAUCUUCAUGCAUGGCAAGAUCCCCACUCUGAAGAUCUCCCUCAUUCAGAUCUUCAGGGCUCACUUGUGGCAGAAAAUCCAUGAGAGCAUUGUCAUGGAUCUCUGUCAAGUGUUUGACCAGGAACUGGAUGCUCUUGAGAUUGAGACUGUGCAGAAGGAGACCAUCCAUCCUAGGAAGUCAUACAAGAUGAACUCGUCCUGUGCAGACAUCCUCCUCUUUGCCUCAUACAAGUGGAAUGUCUCUCGACCAUCUCUUCUUGCUGAUUCAAAAGACGUCAUGGACAGCACCACCACACAGAAGUAUUGGAUCGACAUUCAGCUACGAUGGGGUGACUAUGACUCCCAUGACAUUGAGCGCUACGCCAGGGCCAAGUUCUUGGACUACACCACAGACAACAUGAGUAUCUACCCCUCCCCCACUGGUGUGCUCAUUGCUAUUGACCUGGCUUACAACCUUCACAGUGCUUACGGUAACUGGUUCCCUGGAAGCAAACCUCUGAUCCAGCAAGCCAUGGCCAAGAUCAUGAAGGCCAACCCUGCUCUGUAUGUGCUAAGGGAGCGUAUCCGCAAAGGUCUGCAGCUGUACUCUUCAGAGCCCACUGAGCCCUACCUGUCCUCACAGAACUAUGGUGAACUCUUCUCCAACCAGAUCAUCUGGUUUGUGGAUGACACUAAUGUGUACCGUGUCACCAUCCACAAGACCUUUGAGGGUAACUUGACCACAAAGCCGAUCAAUGGGGCCAUUUUCAUCUUCAACCCCAGAACCGGUCAGCUCUUCCUCAAGAUCAUUCACACCUCUGUAUGGGCAGGACAGAAGCGUCUGGGACAGCUCGCCAAGUGGAAGACAGCUGAAGAAGUGGCUGCCCUGAUUCGUUCACUCCCUGUGGAAGAGCAGCCCAAACAGAUUAUUGUCACCAGAAAGGGCAUGCUGGAUCCUCUGGAGGUCCACUUGCUCGACUUCCCCAACAUUGUCAUCAAAGGCUCCGAGUUGCAGCUUCCCUUCCAGGCUUGUCUGAAAGUGGAGAAGUUUGGAGACCUGAUCCUGAAAGCCACAGAGCCUCAGAUGGUGCUCUUCAAUCUCUAUGACGACUGGCUCAAGACCAUCUCGUCUUACACAGCUUUCUCCCGACUCAUCCUCAUCCUCAGAGCACUUCAUGUCAAUAAUGACCGUGCCAAGGUGAUCCUGAAACCAGAUAAGACAACUAUCACCGAACCCCAUCACAUCUGGCCCACUCUCACUGAUGAGGAGUGGAUUAAAGUGGAAGUGCAGCUCAAGGAUCUUAUUCUGGCCGACUAUGGCAAAAAGAACAAUGUCAACGUGGCCUCACUGACCCAGUCAGAGAUCCGUGAUAUUAUCCUGGGUAUGGAGAUCUCAGCUCCGUCACAGCAGCGCCAGCAAAUUGCUGAGAUUGAGAAGCAGACCAAGGAGCAGUCACAGCUUACUGCCACUCAGACUCGGACUGUCAACAAGCACGGUGACGAAAUCAUCACCUCAACCACCUCCAACUAUGAAACGCAGACGUUCUCAUCCAAGACAGAAUGGAGAGUCAGGGCCAUAUCUGCAGCCAACCUCCAUCUGCGAACAAACCACAUCUACGUAUCCUCUGAUGACAUCAAGGAGACCGGAUACACUUACAUUCUGCCCAAGAACGUCCUCAAAAAGUUCAUUUGCAUCUCAGAUCUGCGAGCACAGAUUGCAGGUUACCUGUACGGGACCAGUCCACCAGACAACCCCCAGGUGAAAGAGAUCCGCUGUAUCGUCAUGGUGCCACAGUGGGGGACGCACCAGACAGUCCACCUGCCCAAUCAGCUGCCUGGACACGAAUACCUUAAGGAAAUGGAGCCCCUCGGCUGGAUCCACACUCAGCCUAAUGAGUCACCCCAGCUGUCCCCCCAGGAUGUCACUACUCAUGCCAAAGUCAUGGCCGACAACCCCUCCUGGGACGGAGAGAAGACCAUCAUCAUCACCUGCAGCUUCACUCCAGGCUCGUGCACACUCACAGCUUACAAACUGACACCCAGUGGUUAUGAGUGGGGUCGGCAGAACACAGACAAGGGUAACAACCCUAAAGGCUACCUGCCAUCGCACUAUGAGAGGGUGCAGAUGCUGCUCUCUGAUCGCUUCCUGGGCUUCUUCAUGGUGCCAGGCCAAGUCUCCUGGAACUACAACUUUAUGGGUGUGCGCCACGAUCCCAACAUGAAGUAUGACCUGCAGCUGGCCAACCCCAAAGAGUUCUACCAUGAAGUCCAUCGGCCUUCGCACUUCCUAAACUUUGCCUCCUUGCAGGAGGGCGAGAUCUAUAACGCAGACCGUGAAGACAUGUUCGGCUGAGUGGAUAUUCUGCAUGUGACAGAUUUUGUAGAUAGCUCUGCCCAAAUCCUGAUGCGCCAGUCUAGAACAGCUCAUGUAAUAUUUCUAUUGAACACAUAUAACUGUGAUGUUUGGAAAUUUUAAUGUAAAGGCUAAAGGUCCUUUUUAGGAGUCUGGUAACUUUUUUGAUAUUUUCUACAAAUGUUAUUUCCCCCUCACACUCUUAAAUGUUUCCGUGACGUUCUGCACAAAUUUGCAGGCUUUAAUUUUUUUUUUUUUGUGGCUUCUUAUACAUUCAAGCAUAUGUGCAUUUGUGUGUAGUUUUCAGUACACAGUACAUCUGUGUAAAAUUUGAUUACAUGGGUUUAAUAAGGGUCAGGACUUCCCCUCAGCCCUUGCAGAACUGAAAUUGAAAGUUGUAUCUUCCUGUCUGUGAGGCCCGUUACUAUGUUGUACUGUACAUCUCGUGACAAUGUAACUUGGGUUUAAAUAAAGAUUACACUUUUUUUUAUAUAAAUA